AUGUCAAAUUACACGUUUCCUCCUCCUCCUGUUUCCAGUGGUAAUGAUGAGGGAUCCAUUGAAUCGGUAAACUCCUUUUCGUUUCCCCUGUCCCAGCCUAACACCGAUGGAGGUUCAUAUCAACAGGAUAAUAAUAAUACUUAUCAGGAACGACCAAUGUAUGAGAAUUUUGGACAACAGUCAUAUCGUUACAAGAUCAUAGAAAACCCCGAAGCUGAUGAUAUCAUCACAAAUGACAUGAAGAUUGAUUUAGACGAAAUUCAAAGAAGAUCAACUUCUUUGAGAGUUGGAACGAAUAGUGAUAAUAAUACCAGUGGAUUGGGCUUCAACCAAAUAGAAAUCCCAGAGUUUGAUGAUGCUUCAAAUAAGGCGUUGAUGAGAUCAAACAGUAUCGCUAAUUCGAUAAAGCUUCCCGAAGCUCUGUACUUGCAAAACAACCCUUCCAAUAUCAACACACCUAAUAGUAAUAACAUGUCAAAUUUUAGCUUUCCGUUGAAAUCACCGAUAAAUGACAAUAGUGAUCAUGUUCCAACUAAUAAUUCAAAAGCAGCUGUAUCAAGGCUAGGCUCAAUCAGAUCAAUUAGAAACAAAGGAAGUGCAACCAGUAUGAAUCAAGAUAAACCUCAACCUUUGCCAUCUUUUCAAGCGCACAAUUCAAUUCAAUCCAAAUCAAUAAAUAACAUGAACACAGCCAACACUCAAGAUGUACGAAGAGUGUUGACCACAGAAUUGAAAACUCCUUCCGAAUACACCUUACAUAUGAUCUUCACUCAAUUUAUCAGAUUGGCGGAGCGGAAAUUGAACGCAACGGAACCUUUGGAUGGCGAGUUGAGCAUCAAGUACAUAGAGUCUCUCAAGAGGGGAAACGAUGCAUUAUUCGAUAAGGUGGUGACAUCUUUGGGAUAUAUCGCUAAAAAGCAACCCCAACAGGUGGUGGAUUCUGUGAUGUAUUGGAGAAAAGCUAAAGGCAACCAAGUCGAUUCAUCUGUUGAUGCAUACAAUAAAAACAAACAUUUACUUCUGUUGAAACAAAAGCAAUUGAAAGGGUCACUGCAUGGAUCCUCAUCCUCUAAAAUGAGUUUACAUAGCAGAAACGGCUCAAGUCAAUCUUCAUCAAUGAGCUUCACCAGAGAGAAAUCAAAUAGUAACGGUAGUGAUUUAAAUCCAAAUGAUGCAAUGUCAUUACAGUUUUUGGAAAAUCAAGUCGAACAAGCAAGGCAGAUAUUCGUUCAGACCGAGAAUCGUGCCAAUGCAGCAGCUUAUUUGGUUUGCAGAGUAUUAAUUGAAGUAGUGAAACAAAUCCCUCUAAAUUCAGAAAAUAUGAAUUUUUACAACACUUUAGAAGAAAAUAUUUACCAUCAAUUAAAAUCCAUGGAUCCUGCUAACGUUCUCAAUGACAAAAUGAAAUUAAUUAAUUGGAACUGCCUCACAAUUCUUAUUGGAGAGAUUUCUGCCAAGAGAUUUUCAAGAAUCUCUGAUAAGUUCAUUGCUGAUUUGGAAAAGUCACCAGCGAAUAUAUCAAGAAGCACUGAAAUGUAUUUGUGUUUGUUAGUUAGAGGAAUGAGAAAUUUAAAGUUGACCAAUUAUCCGUUAGAAGAAUUUGAAGAAAGUUGUGGGUUUUUGUCAUCAGUGGCAAAAUUCUUUUACAAAUCUACAAGCUAUAUGAUGAUUAAUGCAUAUUGUGAAACUCUUACCGAAUUAUUAUUGCCUCUCUGUGAAGUUUUGAAUGCAGAAACCGAUUUGCCGGUGUGGGCUGACGUGGUGAAAUCGAUGUUGAAAAAAAUUAACUCUGUCAUUGAUAAGCCUAAGUAUUGGGAAAGUGCAUUUGAAUUGAUGUGUGUUUGUUUAUCAGUAUCACCUUCAACUAUUUUUUACGAUAAUUGGUAUGAUCUACUCAUUUAUCAGUUGUCGAAUAAAUUGACAAAGGCUAAUAACAUUGUGAAAGAUCCUAAUGAUUACCUCUCAUUUUCUAUGGUGUUGAAGGAUGCUAAAUCCAGCAACUUGAACACAAUUUCCAAAAUCACACUCCUUAAAUCAACAGCCAGAUUGGUGUGGACGUAUAUUUUCAGAUGUACUGAGUCUCUAAAUAAAACUACCAAGAAGCUUGACGCCAUUUUCAAGGUUUUGUUUUUCCAGAACACAAAUUCUAAAAAGCAACAGUGGUUGACUUAUGACUUGGAAGUAUUAAAACCUUUGGUGAUUUUGUUGCGUUCCAUUGGAUAUUCCAAUAUCAAUUAUACUAUGGAGUCAUUAUUAUUGCCUUUAAUUAAACAGUCAUUUAAUAUGAUCUCCUUGGAUAAUAUCUCACAAGAAAGAUUAUUGAUUGUUUUGAAAUCAUAUAUUUUGAUUUUAGACGACUUGAUAUCUAAUUCUAGACCAAAGUACCCCACAUGUGAUUUUAUUGAUAGUGCAUUUGAUGCCCCUAGUUCCAACUUUAACACCAUUAAUAUCAAAGAGGUGUUGAACACAAAAAAUGUGAAUCAAAAUGAUAUUUUGUACCAUGAAGAAAUUUCUAACUAUUUCUGCAAAUUAUUUUUAAUGUUGGAUAAUGAAAUUGGAACCACCGCAUGGUCCACCGUUAAUACUGGAAUUAAUGCCUUUGGUCAAUUAGGUAGUAUUCAAGGAGGUUCCGAUGCUCCACUGAUAUCCUCGCCAUCAUUUUUGAGCUCCAAAUCACCAUUCUCAUCAUUUCUUUCUUCUGAUUCAUCUCAACAGCUCAACAAAAAACAGUUGAAUAUUGAUUUGUUUGAAAAAUUGGCAGAAUCUAUCCCAUGGUUUUAUCAGUUAUCAAAUGUCAUUCCAUACAAGAAGUUAGUAGAGAUUUUAACCAGAAAUUCCGUUCAUGAGAAUCCAAAGAUUUCCAAAGUGAGUAUUGCUACCUUGAAAAAAUUAUGCAACAAAAAAAAUUCCGGAUCUUUAAUAUCUACAUUUGCAAAGUUUGCAUUCAAUUUCGCCGAGGAAAAUAAUAGCGCAAUUAAGUACAGGUCCAGUUUCUUGACCUCUUCUUCAGAAACUUACGAGAAGUUGUUGAAGAUUUAUUUGGAUUUAUUGAUGUCCUGGUUAUCAUUUUUGAGAAGUUCUGCCAAACCGGACAAUGGGGCAUUAAAUAAUGAUGGUAAUGAUUUCUAUAUUUUGAAUGGUAAUUUCAAGAUGAAUAUGGCUAAUACAAAACUCAAUAAGGAUGGCCCUGGUGAUAAUCCAUCAGGCCAAGGAAAUGACCCCCAUAAAGAUUUGGAGUUGAAUGCUAUUGUUGCCACCAUUGAACAAGUUGAAGGAAAUGGGUUGUUUUUCCUUUGUUCAAGAAGCACUAUUAUUAGAAGAUUGGCAGUGGCGAUUUUAAAAAUCAUUCCAAAGUUUGACGAAGUGAUCUUCGAAACUUCUACAAGGGGCUUCGGCAUGGAAAAUGGACCAAUAAGUGAUGUCAGUGCCGGUAUUUAUGAAAAGUCUAACGGGAAACAUACUCGCUCAAAAUCUAAGUUUGCGGCCGAUGUGGAUACAAGAUUAAUUCAUAUUUUGGAGACCGUGCCAUUUUUUGAUUUGAUCGGCUCUUUGAAAUUGCAAUUAAGUAUGCCAGAAAGAAAAAAAUUAGCCUCAUUAAAAUCCAGAAACAGAAAAGACUUGUUGGUCAAGUUAGCAGAAGCCGAUUAUGGUGUUGAAUUAACUUUGUGGUUUAAGGUGCUCCCUAAACUAUUAUCCAUAAUCUUUGAAAAAAAUCCAGUCACGAUGGCCUUAUGUCGCUCUAUCGUGUGUGUUAGAAUGAUCCAGAUUCAUGAAUAUAUCUCAGAGUUUGCAGACAUGAAACCAAAAGGUCAACCAGCUAUCACUUCUGGUAGCUCGAACAAAUUAUUUUUCAGUGGUAGUGUAAAUUCAGGAACGGAUACUCAACCUGAAGUGAUUAUUGAACAAUGGAAGCUCUUCUUGAUCGUGGCUUGUACAUCUCUAACAUCAACAGGAAAGCAGGAAUUACCACCAUUGCCAGGAAGCUCGGCUAUGACACACCAACGCAAAGUCUCCAACAACCGAGCUCCGCUAUAUUCUAUAAAUUCUGCGAAAUCGCUAUUUAACUUAGUUAUUCCUUUAUUGAGCACCGAGCAACCAUUGAUCACAGACGCAAUUCAUUCUGGAUUAAGUUGUAUCAACAUAAAUAUCUUCAAAGCACUCGUGGAGGUGAUUCAACCAAUUCGGUCUAAUUGGGAAACGGAAAUUAGAGCGGGCUCAGUGAAUGAAGCAAAUAUGAGAAUCAGAAUUGAGGUAACUAGAAUCUUGCAUGCGACUUCGAAAUAUUUAUCCGAAGAACAGAUUUAUUCGGAUAAAAGGCUUUUGAAGGAGAUGAUUGCUUAUGUAAAAACUGUGAGACUGUUUUUGGGGGCGUCAAAAGUCCAAGAAUCAUUUGAGUAUCAGAAAUUGAGAAGAUAUUUCUGUGGGUUGUUGGAAAACGUGUUCACCGGUGUCCAAAAGACUCCGCAUCCAGACAAGUGGUUCCCAUUUGAAGCAAGACUGGGAUGUUUUACAUUCUUGGAAGAAUGGUGUGGCUAUGGUGAUUCUGCAGGAAUUGCUAAAAAGAGAUAUCAGGUAAUGAGAAUGGAUAAAAAAUACUCCAGUAAUCCAACAUUCAGUGCGGCAAUUGAACUAGAAACCACCGCUUUGGAAUACUCUGCUGUUAGUUCAAUGGCAACUUUGUGCUCUGGGGCUAUGAAUCAAAUCGUGAAAGAUAACAAGUCAUUUGUUGUUAUGGCCAUAGAUUAUAAAUCUUUAAUAUCUUGGAUAAAGGCAAUUUUUGAGACGGAUGAUGAUAUUCUUCAUAGGCUUGGAAAGAAAGGUUUGAAGAAUUUGUUGGCAUUCAACAAGGAGAAGGUAAUUUUUGAUCAAGCAAUAAAAGAAUUUUAUAAUGCUUCACACAAAAAUAAUAAAACUGCUGAAAGUUACUUUGUCACCAUUUGCGAAACUUUAUUGGAGAAUAAUUCAUACAGUUGUGAAGCUUUUGAAAUUAUUGUAUUAGCUUUGUAUGCUGUUGGAUUACCAUCUUUAGAAACAAGGAAGUUGGCUGGGAAAUUGUUGGUUUACAUUGAAAAAAGAUUUUAUGAAGACAAUUCAGUGGAAAAAUUAGUGGACUGCAUUUGCUCUACUUCAAAGGCAGUUUAUAAGAAGGCCGCUGAUAAUCUUUCAAGAUACUUCUCAGUGAAAUAUUCAAAGGAAAAGUAUAAUGUUAUUUCCUUGUUGUCAUUAUAUUUUCACAAAGUGGCACAAAGCUCUCAGAGGGAUAUUCUCACCAUCAUGAUCCCUUGGGUUGAAGCAGUCAAUAUGAAGAAGUUAGAAUUUGAUGCAGCAUACUAUUUGCUCCCUUCUAGUCGGGACAUAUGUACUGAAAUGGUGUUGAAUAAUUUGAUAGAAAUCACCACCCAUGCAGGUGGUAUCUAUACUCCAGAAGUGGAAAGCUUAUGGGUUGGAUUGGUUCAAGGAAAUGAAGAAAGUAAUGCCCUGGUCAUUAUUGAUUAUAUGUUUGCAAUUUGCUUGCAUAAAAGGAUCACCCCACUAAUUGAGUCUGCUAAACAAGUUGUUAAUUAUGUUUAUUUUUCAUGCCCAACCAUCAUUGAGGAACUCAUGAAGAAUAUUAAUCCAAAGGCUAUGAUUCCGCCAGAGAGCAGACCAGUUGAUCCGCUAAAGAACACGAAACUACCUUAUGUUUAUGUAUUACCGGGAGCGGCAAGCAGAGAUUUAUUCUCAUUAGGCCAAAUAUCAACCAUCUUUUUAGUUGAUUUAUUGAAGAUGAAACCUCAAAGUGAUCUAAUCAUCAAGAACUUGCCUAUGUUGUUGAAUAUUUCAGUUAUCUUGUUAGAUCAUUACUUGGCUAUUGUCAGAGUUCAUGCAGUUGAAUUGCUCUGCACAGUGCUUCAUGAGUUGGCCUACAAUGACGAAAAGGCAAUGGCCACUAUUGAAAAUUUGAGAAAGCACGAUAUUAAGAGUGUCUGGACAUAUGAGGAUCUACAUAAUGAUAGGAAUGGAGCCAGGACGCCGAAGAACAUGGAUCAAUUGAUAAGGACCUCUUUGGAAGCGCUUGUUCCUGAGUUCAGUAAUUUACAGGUUGAUUGGAGUAGAAUUACACUAUCAUGGGCCACCACAUGCUCCGUCAGGCAUAUCGCUUGUAGAUCAUUCCAAGCAUUCCGUUCUCUUUUGUCAUUUUUGGAUAAGACUAUGUUAGCUGAUAUGUUGCACCGUUUAUCCAGCACAAUUUCUGAUCCAAAUGAUGAUAUCCAAGGAUUUGCAAUGCAAAUCCUUAUGAGCUUGAAUGCUAUCACCGCUGAAUUGAGCGCUGAAAAAUUAAUAUCUUUCCCUGAAUUAUUCUGGGCGGCAGUUGCUUGUUUGAGUACGGUCCACGAAAAGGAGUUUCUUGAAGUCAUUUCCAUCAUAUCUAAAUUCAUCUCUAAAAUUGAUUUGAAUUCUGAAGAUACUAUCAGCUGUUUGAUAUCUACCUUCCCAACCAAAUGGGAAGGAAAAUUCGAAGGUCUUCAAAACAUUGUGAUGAUUGGAUUGAGGUCAUCAAAUGCUUGGGAACCAAGUAUGAAAUUAUUGGAUAGAUUGAACAAGUUGACAUCUAGUGAAGUGAUUGCUGGUCCUUCAAGGUUAUUGAUGGCAUUAAUGGCCAAUAUGCCAAGGUUUUUGCAUGCUUUCGAAGAACAAGAAUUUACUGAAGAUAUUCAGCAAGCCGCGGAAAUUUUAAGUAACAUGGCAUUGGCAGAAAAUCAACAAGGGGUUUCCAGAAUUGUGUUGUCAUUAGCAAAUAAUAAGUUCCGGAAGAAGGAAGACUUUAUCAGUCAAGCACUCUAUCUCAUAAAGGAAUCUUACUUCCCUGAAUAUCAAUCACAAUGUUUGGUGUUCUUGUUGGGAUUGUUGAUGAACAAGAUCAAAUGGGUCAAAUUGGAAACUAUGGAGCUAUUGAAAUAUUUACUCCCAAUGAACGAUUUAACUAGAGAGGAGUUUCAAGGUGUGGGUGCCGAUUUACUCUCACCAUUAUUAAGGUUGUUAUUAACGGAAUAUUCUGAGAAAGCAUUAGAAGUUCUUGAUGAAACCGAUCAUAUUUCAGGAAGUCAACUUGAUAAAGAUUUCAUCAGAUUGAGUUUGGGUAAUAGAACUUUGAGAAAAGAGUAUGAGAAAAUUGCUACAUUAUUUGGGGUUCCUGACGAUAGUGGAUGGUCAAUUCCAAUGUCAGCGGUUACCGCAGCUAUCACAAAACAGAAUGUUCAUGCGGUAUAUUUAACUUGCAGAAACCAACUCAAAGAAAAUGGUGAUCAACAAGAAAGCACGAAUCAACAAGUUGAAGGAGCUUUUGAGUUCCAUGAUGAUAGAGAAGAACCGGUUCACUUUUAUGAUGAAAAUCCCGAAAAGAGAUCCAUCAGCAAUAUGUACGCUACUUUGAACUAUUUCGAAUCUUUCUUUGAAGCCGAUGCAGAUAUAGUCUCUAAUACUGAUUCUGAAAACACCCAAUACCACGACCGAUCUUUGUCCACAGAAACUUCAAAGCUUAGUAGCUUGGUCAAUGAUGGUUUGGAUAGAACUGAUUCUAAUAGCUCCUACAGACUCGAUCCAUACAAUAGCAACAAUUACAAUAACUAUAUAAAUUAUGGAAAUUAUUGA